AUGUCAUCUUUUCCCAUGUAUUCUUCUAUGCCACGCAGAAACGUCGAAGGGCCAGUCUCCCACGCCAGGUGGCCGUCCACGGAUUCGUUUCGCUCACCAGCAUCACAUUGGGAGGUCGACGACUCCACAGCCCAGACCGUUAGCAAGCUUAACUCGGUUUUUGGUUUCCGGCCGCCAACCGGAUACGCAAAGUCGUCUCCUCGGGCGUCUCCCGACGAAGGAUCAAGAUACUCGCCGGACCUCCCACAUCUGCAAUCGGACCGGACUCCCGAGCUGCGACAAGACACUCCUUCAGAUGUGAGGACGCGGACGUCAUCCUUCGGGCCGGAGACGCCGCCUACCAAGUUCGACUCGUACUUCUCGUCGGAGCCACUCGUACAGCCUCUGACACCGGUUCGAACCAGUCAUCCUCACCUGCGCUCUCAUUCGGACAGCUGUAGCCUCCAAAGCUUUUACUCAGAAAGCCAGUACCGGGUCGGUACUGAGACAACGUCGGUCGUUGGCCACGACACCAAGCAGCAUCCCUAUCAUGACCCUAUAUCUCGCUGGGGAGACAAUCCACCCAACAAACCAUCUCGAGAGACGUCCUCACCACACCAGAACUACGCUGUCGCCCUCACUCGCAACAACCGCGCCGUCACCCUCAUCCUGACGGCAGCUAGCUCAUCAAGGUCAGGACAACCGAACAUUACCUGCUAUCGGCAAACCUCCCUCCCGCUAGGCGGACCCUUUGCCGAGUUCUUUAAGGCCUCCGAGGCCCUGGCUUUGUUGCAACACAUGGUAAACGCAUCGUCAAUGUCGUAUCAGCCCUUUUCGAAACGAGAGCGGUCCGAACUGAUGCUGCGCAUGCGGACUUCCGGGGAGGGCAUGAUUCUCGGCGAUCCGUGUUCCAACGCCCGCGCGUGGACAAGCUUCUUUUCUACGGAGCUUGGCGCCGGCAGGGCCUGGGAGGUGGGCACAGUCAUCUUCCCAUGGAAAGUCUUGGAGAAGCUGAUGAGCUCUCUCAACUCCGAGUGCGCACGGAGGAGAAGGAUGCAAGCGCGCGCCGCGGCCGCCGUCGUCAGGCGCGAGGUGGACGAGUAUCCGGGAACUCAGGGCCCGGCCCCUUUCAGCGCGGCUAUGGACAAUCUCCCGACUCUCGGCCUGUGUCUCUGCAGCUUACCAGCGACUUGGACGCCGACAGAGGUACUCCCGCCCAAGCUCCAGCUCGUGUCGGAACGGCCCAAGUCCCCACCGACACAGGUCCGACGCCGACGCCAGCACUCAGAGCCCGUUCGGCAACUGAGCCUGACGCCGCCGCGCAUCGCUCUGCUGAAGUCCAAAACUUGCCGGCAGAGCCUGCGCGGACUGCACUCCGCGUCAACGCCGGCUCGCCUCGAGUUUUACGACUCGAUCCGGGAGUGGCCGGCUAGCUCACACCGGGCGCGGGUGCGGUUGCCGCCGUGCUCCCGGUUCUUGGAGAUGGUCGAGGACCAGGGGACUGAGCCUCGCAACCCCAUCGUCGUUUGA